AUGAGGGGAAGGAGCUACAGCCCAUCACCACCAAGGGGGGGAUAUGGUAGGAGGGGAAGAAGUCCUAGCCCCAGGGGUCGCUAUGGUGGUCGUAGCAGAGAUCUUCCUACAAGCCUUCUAGUUCGUAACCUUCGCCAUGACUGCAGGCCAGAAGAUCUCCGCAAGCCAUUUGGGCAGUUUGGCACUCUUAAGGAUGUUUACCUGCCAAAAGAUUACUAUACUGGGGAGCCUCGUGGUUUUGGUUUUGUCCAAUUUGUUGAACCUGCUGAUGCUGAAGAGGCUAAAUAUCAGAUGGAUGGUCAGCUUCUUCAAGGCCGAGAGGUUACUGUUGUAUUUGCAGAGGAGAACAGGAAGAAGCCAUCCGAUAUGAGGCAUAGGGAGCGUGCAAGUUUUGCUGUUUUACGUUUGCUCCAAGAAGAAAUUAUGCAAACACCAGGAGUGGUCGAUAUCGUGAUCGAAGACGGUCUCCUCCUCGAUGUUCACGCUCUCCACGAUAUUCCCGAUCUCCACCUCCACGCCAUACAAGAUCUCGGUCCCACAGCCGUGAUUAUUAUUCUCCUCCCCCAAAACGAAGGGAUUAUUCGAGAUCUGUAUCACCACCCCAAGAGCGAAGGUACAGUAGAGAGAAGUCAUUUUCUCGAUCUCCUCCACCAUAUAAGGGCUCAAGGAGCCACAGUGAGAGCCCGGAUAGGGGUCCAAGCCGAAGCAGGAGCAGAAGCAGAAGUCACAGUCCAAGGCGAGUCGACAGACGGAACCGAAGUCCUUUUAAUGAAGAUUACCCAAGGGAACCAAAUGGAGACCGAUUUCCUAGUCCAUGAACAACGUAGAGAGAGCUCUUAA